AUGUUGCUUCAAGACCUAGCAACAGAGAUCGUCGAACUGAUCGUACAGAAGCUAUCGGUGCGAUCUGACCUCAACGCCUUCUGCCAGACCAGCAAACGGUUUCACCACAUUGCCAAUGACCUUGUCUAUCAUGAGGAUGCGCACUGGCGGUGCAACGCGCUUCGAUGGGGUUCUGAAGAGGGCCUCGUUUCGGUAGUAGAGAGAUCUUUGGAUUCAGGCGCUGAUGUCAACUACAUCAUCAACAAUGAAGACGAGACCGCCUUGUUUCCAGCAGUCAGGAAACAGUAUUGGGACAUUGUACACCUUCUGUUAGCGAGGGGUGCUGAUGUUCACCGCAGGAAUAAGGUUGGCGAUAAUCUUGUGUACUUUGCGGUGACUACUGGCAGUUAUGAUCUGGUGAAGCUCAUGCUAGAUCAAGGUGUCGACCCAAACUCUCAUGUGGAAGGCGAUGUUCCUCCUUUGUUGCUGGCGGUGCGAAGAGGUUAUCUCGACAUCGUGAGGUUGCUCUUUGAUAGCGGGGCGUACAUUGAUGACAGCGACGACUGGGGCGAAACCCCGCUGCAUGUCGCUAUAGGUGCAUGUCAGCAUGACAUCCUGAGCUUCUUCAUUGAAAUAGACGUUUUUCGCAAAGACAAGACUGGGGUGCGAGGUGCUGAUGCACUGGAGAUGGCUGUCAUACGGAGAGACAUGCCAACGUUGAGGCUGCUUCUUGAGGGCGGCGCUGACCCACUUGUUCGAAGAUGGACGAGGCAUCAUGCGAUUAUCACGGCAACGCUAGCUCGGGAAGAUGACAUGGCAAUCUUAAUGACGGAACGGUUGGUAGGAGAACCUGGUUUCAUUGAUGAGCAUGGCAAAGAGCUCCUCUGGUACGCUGUGAAAGGUAGAUGCCAGCGCUAUACUCGAUACUUGUUGGGUAAAGGUCUCGAUCCCGACAGGGAUCUAUGGAAGGAGGUUGACGGUUCGAUGGAGGGAGGUUCUGCCUUGGUAGUAGAGAUGCUGGGCGCUGGUGUCCUAAGGGCAUGA